GCGUAUAAACCGCCUGUAAACCGUUCCUAGCUACGAGAGCACCGUAUCGCGCUGUGAAAGUGCCGUUUCUGUUUUCCUGCGAAUCUUCCGUUCCAUCUGCGCGCCCGCGUCCGCGGCUACGAAGCGGAUCGUCAGACACCGGCGGGUCGACGACUAGCAUAAUUAAUCCCACGCCGUCCUGUAACUUCAUGCACCAACAUGAGUGACUACUCUGCGGUUGCUCCGCCUCAGAAUUUCAGCCAAAGCACCGCUUUUGCCGCGGCACUGCAACGUGCCAAACAGAUUGCUGCAAAAAUAAAUCCAGCUGGUGCACAGAACAAUCAAGAUUCCAAGUUGAAACGUCCUCUCGAAGAUAGUUCAGAGCCAGAGGCGAAGAAGAUGGCAUCGUUGGUGGCAGAUCCUUUAAUAGGCAUUCGUGGAGGACCUGGAGGCACUUCCAUUGGGGAUCCGGGUAGUCAGGGAUCCAGAGUACAAGUUUCUUCCAGUAUAGGUGGUAUUUGCAACGAAGAUAUCAGAGUUCCAGAUAAAAUGGUCGGUUUAAUAAUUGGCAGAGGCGGAGAACAAAUAACAAGAUUGCAAAGCGAAACAGGAUGUAAGAUACAGAUGGCACCGGAAAGCGGUGGGCUGCCGGAACGCGUUUGCACGCUAACUGGUUCACGAGAGGCUGUCAACCGGGCAAAGGAGCUCGUAUUGUCAAUUGUGAAUCAAAGAAGUAGAAGUGAAGGAAUUGGUGAUAUGAAUAUGAGCGGCAACAGCAGUGCUAUGAUGGGUCAUCCAGGAUUUGUGGAGAUAAUGAUUCCAGGUCCAAAAGUUGGUUUGAUAAUCGGCAAGGGAGGAGAAACCAUAAAACAGCUUCAGGAGAAGUCUGGAGCUAAAAUGGUCGUUAUUCAGGAAGGACCGUCUCAGGAACAAGAGAAACCGCUAAGAAUAACAGGAGAUCCUCAAAAGGUUGAAUAUGCAAAACAGUUAGUUUAUGAAUUAAUAGCUGAAAAAGAGAUGCAAAUGUUUCACAGAGGAGGAAGAGGAGGUACUGAUAGGACAGGAAAUUAUUCUAAUGAUAGUGGUUUCAAUCAUGGUCCUGCAAAUACUGAUGGAGUCGAGGUACUCGUUCCAAGAGCAGCAGUUGGAGUCGUUAUUGGUAAAGGUGGAGAUAUGAUUAAAAAAAUACAAGCGGAAAGCGGCGCUAAAGUCCAAUUCCAGCAAGGAAGAGAAGAUGGACCUGGCGACAGAAAGUGUUUGUUGUCAGGGAAGCAUCAAGCUGUUGAACAAGCUCGUCAACGAAUUCAGGAACUAAUUGAUAGCGUUAUGAGGAGAGACGACGGUAGAAGUAAUAUGGGUGGCAGAGGUGGUCCGAGGGGUAACGGUUUUGGUGGCAAUCGCAAUCCUAACGAAUUUGGUACUUGGGAUAGACGACAAGGCGGACCUAUGCAAGAUAAGAUUGAAACAACAUUCACUGUACCAUCUUCCAAAUGCGGAAUUAUAAUUGGCAAAGGCGGUGAAACCAUCAAACAGAUCAACCAACAGACAGGAGCACAUUGCGAGUUAGACAGACGGAAUCAAAGUAAUGAGAACGAGAAGAUUUUCAUUAUUCGGGGGAACCCCGAACAAGUCGAGCAUGCGAAAAGAAUAUUUAGCGAAAAGCUAGGCAUGGGUCCAGCUGGUUCCUCAUAUGCCGGUACGCAAGGCGCAGUUGGAUACAAUCCAAACUGGAAUGCAGGAUACCAAGCAUGGCCCAAUCAGCCACAAACGAACGACGGAAGUAUGUAUGGUUUUAUGGUUCCUUAUAGCAUGCCUGGAGCUCCUGUACAAGUCAAUCCACAGACUGGUCAGCCGGACUAUAGCGCUCAGUGGGCGGAAUAUUACCGAUCGCUAGGUAUGCACAGAGAGGCCGACAUGAUCGAGCAGCAGGCCAAGCAGGGAAAGCAAGAUCACAAUCAACAAGGAGGCAAUUCGCAAAAUCAGUCUAAUCCAGCGACGACGGGCACCGCCGGCCCGAACCAGCAGCAACAGCCUCAGCAACAGCCGCAAACUCAGCAGCAGCAACAGGCGGGUGCCGCGCAAAAUGGCGGCCAGGCUGAUUACAGCGUUCAGUGGGCGGAAUAUUACAGGAGCAUCGGCAAGAUAAAGGAAGCUGAAGCGAUAGAAGCGCAGAUGAAAGCUGGCAAGCUUGGCAUACAAGGGAACCAAAUGGCCCAACAGCAAAUGCAGACUCUUCAAGGGCAGUCAGCUGGUCCGCCGGGUACCACACCCAACGCGUUUCCUCAAGCUUACGGCAGUUACCCGGCGAUGAACGCCGGUUCUGCUCCAGCUGGUUAUUACGCCGCGAAUGCUGGCUCCAAUUCACAACCGCAGACGGGACAGCAGAAUCCUUCUUUCCCACCAGGCUAUCAAAAUUAUCCUUACUCACAGUCGGCUUCUGAGAAUUGAACUUCCAUUUGAGAGAAAGGCAAGCUAUAGUUUUCAGAUAGCUUUCCGUCGGGACGCGCUUAAUGCCUGCCUCUCCAUAUAACUUUAUCAUAAAUAGUUGACUGCUUCAUAAUCUUCAUAUAUCUUUAAAAAUGUCAUGAGAAACCGAUUAUAUUCUGUUUAUACUAUAAUAUACGUUUCAUGUGUUUUUUUUAUAUAUACAUAUACAUAUAUAUAUAUAUAAAAUAUACUAUAGGAUAUUCAUCGUUCUAAGUUUAUAGUUCUAAGUAAUUAAAGAAUAUCAAUCGAGAAGUUUCAUUGAAAUUAAUAUUAUAAUAUAGUAAUCAAUAUGAUGUCUCUCUGUGUUCUACUUAUACACUAUUGUAUGUAUUUUCGUUACAUAACGUGUAAUUGUAAUAUAAGUUGAAGCUGUGGCAGGUCAGAAAGCAGCAGGUCAGAAAGAGGAGCGAGGGAUCGACAUCUGUACCCAAUUUAUUGCAUCCUCUCUCAUUAAACUUGUUAAACUAUAUCCUUAUAAAUUGCGUUGUUACGAACGAUAUAUUGUUGGCAUUACUUGUCACUACUGGAUCGUUACUCGCGUCUUGACAUCCAAGACGCUUACUCGCUUGAGACGAUACUAUCACUCGUUUUGUUACACAAACCUGAAACUUGACGAAAUCCUGUAAUUGAUACAGCUCUGCCACUCUCUCUGUGUUUUUUAUUACCUACAUGAAAGUUAUUUUCACGAUAAUGUAUGAAAGAUACAUGUGUGACAUGACAAUUUACAUGUGCAUAUGUUCCUACUGCGCUGGUAUUAAAUACAACUUUGCUUUGGUUUUUUUUCGCUUUCUCUCGUGAAAUACCAAUACUAUUUUUAGAUAUUCGGAGCAGCCAGUUAGAGAGACUUAGGCAUCCUACAAUAAGUCACGGAUGGAGAUCUGCAAUCUAAAAUGUUUCAUUCAGCAUUAAUCUACAUGUACACAGUCGGGAGAAUCAGGACCUGCAAACGGAGGAUUAGUUGGAAUAUGCGUAAUGUGAACACAUAAUGUGAAAUAUUGUUUACUAAUGAUAUACAUCGUAUAUAUACUAAAUAUUGCUUAGCCAGUAUUACGUGCUUUUCUAUAUAUGAUAUAUAAUGAAAUAUCGGCUAUUUCAUAUUCGAAAGUACUCGAAUAUCGGAAAACUUAAUUAGUUAUACCUGUAAUAUUAGAUUUUUUCUAGUUUCUUAUUAUAACAAGUUUCUUAAGGAAUUAAAUGUGUUAUGAACAUGGAUGCAGAAUGUAAUCUAAAGUGGGAUAUUCCAUUCCUGCAGAAUGUGUGAUAAAUUUUCAUUUGGUAAAACUGUUACUGAAUACUAUGUUAACGCACAAGGUUUAUUUUCGACCACUGAGUAUCUUGAAAGUUUAAACUUCAGAUUUCAUUGAAAUAAAAUUUAUAUCAGCGGGAGGAAAAUCUUUUGUCCCAUAUCUGCAUUUUCAUUAAUAAAAUCUUUUAAUUCUA